AUGCACAGUAUGUUAAAUAAUUAUCCUGUAUCGUUUCCUCCUCGUUAUGAGCAAUCGUGUACAUUAAAAGAAUUUCUAAACGAGGUUAAUACUUCAUGUGAUAAUCAAUAUAAGUUACCUAUUAUAGUUAAUAUCAUGUCAUUAAAUAGUUAUGGACGAUCUAUAAAAAAUCUUCUAUCAAAAGCUACUUCAUUAUUACUAUUAGAUAUUUGUCAACUUAAUUCUAUCUUAGCUGAAUAUCAUCGUUCAUCUGAUGGACGUCAGCAUUUUCAUCGAACUCGGUUAACAUUAACACAAGGAAAAGUUUCGGCAAAAGCAUCGGCAAAAUUUCUUAGUAUGAAAAAAAUCUCUAAAUCACUUGCUUCAUUAACUACAAUAAAUAUAGCAUCUAAUAUGAGUGAUGAUGAUAAUUUAGAUGGUGAUAAUGAUAAUACAUAUAAUCAACGAAAUUUAAUUAAAGUUUUAAAUGGAAAACGUUCUUCAUCGGUUCCUCUUUGUCGUAUACCGAAACAAUAUCAAAGUUUUUUUGAACUACUUAAUGAAAAUGAUCAACCAAUUCAACCAUGUCAUAAAUUAAGUGAUCUAAUUAUUAAUGAACAAGAUUCUAAUGAUCCAGAAAAUCAUAUUGCAAACUGGCCACAUGCGUUUUUUCUUCGUAGUUAUUGUAAUGCAUAUACAAAAAAAUAUACUCCUGAAAUUAUAUAUUCAACAGAAAACGAACAGACUUCAAAAGUUGCUAGUAGUACUGAACCUAUUUAUGCUUCAAUAACUGAUUUAGAUUUAGAGAAGAAUCUUAUUGAAUUAAAUGAUGAUAUACAAAUUCUUCACCCAGGACAAGUUUUAACUAUUGUAAAUGUUUGUUAUGCUUUUCGUAAACGAAUAUUGGACAGAGAACAAAAAGAACAACAACAACCAAUAUCUCCUUCCAGUUCACUUUUAUCACCAGCAACGUGGAUGAAAGAAAAAUCGAAAAUCUUUCUUCCGAAAAAACGUCGACAAACAGUGAAUACUGUCAAUGUAUCACACGAACAUAUUCAAAGUAAAUUUAGUCCAAAUAAAUCAGAACCUUGUUUGAAAUGUCAAACUCAACAAGGUGAUGAUGUUUAUAUAUUUCUUGAUGAAUCUGGCAGUUUUAGUCCACUUAAUUGUCAAACAGAUGAUUCGAAAUUCAAUACAGAAUUAAAUCGUAUGAGUCUAUCUGGUGUUUUUCAAUUAAAAGAUAUACUUUCAAAUUUUCGUUUUCCUAUAUCUGUUCGACUUCUUGAUGGUUUGAGUUCAGUAGAUAAUAUUAAUUCAGCAAUCCUUUAUCGAGAGGAAUCAUCACGUCCAAUAUCGACAAAACUUCGUUUACUUGCGAAAUAUAAUGAGAACGUGGUUUUUGCUUGUCCAUUAAAUUUACUAUCACAAAAAUCUCAAAAAACUUCAUCACCAUGCAUCGUUAUCCCUCUUUCCGUAACUGCAGAUAUUGAAAUUCAACCUUGUUUAAACAUGUCUGAUAUAUCUAAAACUGAAAGUUUUCAAAAAUUAAUUGAAACAUGCUUUCAAAUAAUUAAACAAUAUCAAACCGAAAUAUCACUUAUCAAUAUUCCUCUUCAACUAAACAACAAUACAAGACAACGAAAACCACCAUUACUUAAAAAACGUUCUCAAUCUGAUUCUAAUUUAGAUGAAGUGUCUCAAGAUCAGUUUCGACAUUCUGGUAAACAAUCAAAUAGUAUCUGUCAUUUUUUGGAAGAUUCAUCAUCUACCAUAUAUACUGCAUACGUUCAUCGAGAUAGUAACGGAACAUUCGAAGAAAAUUUAUCAUCAGACGCCAAACAAGGAAAUUCAGCAAGCGGAGAUUCAGUUUAUUAUGGAAAAUCGAACAAAAAUCAACAAAAAGGAUCUUAUUCUCAUAUCAGACAUACUUCCGAAGACGAAAUAUUUGAAGAUGUUGAUAAACUUUAUGAUUAUAUUCGUUCAGGUGAUGUGACAUACGAUGUAGAACGAAUCAAAGCUAAAGAACAAGGUGUCAAUAGCACUCAUGCAAUGGAUAUACCGAGUGCAAUAGCAAAAGAAACUGAACAACAAACUUCAUCGGCAAAUAACAGUCCAGACAAAAUGAUGAGGCAUCGAUUUUAUACGAAAGCUAAUAAUUCCCACACACCUAAUCAUUGUUUUGAAAUGUAUCAAUGUCGAAAUGAGGGAAAUGUUGAUGAUGACGAAGCCCGUGCUCUGUUUUUAGCAGAUAAACAACGUUUAAAAGAUGAUUCAAAAAAUUCUGCUAAUGUAAAAUCAACAACACCAAUGAAAACCAUGAAUAAACAUUAA